AUGGUGACUCCAAGUGGUCGGCUUGAGACGGGCUGCCGGCUUUGUCUCAGCAUGACCGACUUCCAUCCUGAGAGCUGGAACCCCGCCUGGUCCGUGGACACCAUCUUGACUGGGCUCCUUUCCUUCUUCUUGUCCGAUGUGGAAAUGGGCUACGGCUCAGUUCGAGCGUCAGAAAAGGAGAGGAGGGCUUUGGCGGAGUCAUCUUGGGCCUGCAACGCGGCAGACGACGAUUUCGCGCAGCUUUUCCCGGAGCUACUGAGACCUGCCGAGAGGCAAGGGAGCUGA